GCACAAUGUCGGUCCCUUCAUACAUCGCCUUGAGCCUCCCGCCGAGUGCCAUCCACAUCCCCUCACCUUCCGCUACCAACAUCUCCGCUUCUGCAACCUCUAGCAAUGCCAAACCUCACCUUCCAUUUCCGCCCUCGUCGGCACCUCGAGGAAAGCCAACAGGCUCAACGCUAGGGAUGUCGCUCCCGUCCUUAUCCACCAACGUGUCCGACAUGCUGCUAUCAUCUUUGUUGCCUCCCAACCUGCCAAAACUGCCGUCUGGAGGUGCAAGAGGUAUCGACGGAGGUGGACCGAGACAGCUCACGACGCAGAGAGAAGGGCUGACUGUACCGUUACUGAGCAACAACUUUCGGCGUUUCGUGACAAGGGUUGGACCGGUAUUCUGGCUUCAGGACCGGAUAGAAGAGGUGCUUUACUGGAGGAAACCGGUGUGGACAUGGGGAUGGAUGUUGACAUGGGUGUUCAUCUGCUUCCAACCUCGGGUACUGCUUUUAUUGCCUUCUCUCGCUCUCAUCGUCCUCCUUUUACACAUCCACGAACGCACCCAUCCAGUACCAUCUCUCAUCGGGAUAAUAUCACCACCACCUCUAGCUACUGCUCGGGUGCACCCUGAGUCCAGCACUGGCGAUUCGAGUCCGGAUAGGUCCUAUACGGCGACUACUACAAGAGACGAAUCGGGAGAGACGGUGGGCGUGCCGGUUGUGCCACCUAAAGAGGCCGAGAGCGGAGUGGAUUAUUUCAUGAACAUUCAGGCUAUCCAAAAUCUUAUGGGUUUGGUGUCUGAUGCAUAUGACUAUCUCGCUCCCAUAUUGAGCAACCUGCAAUCCCCCAACACUUCGUCCCCAACAUGCUUCCCGCUCACCCAUACUCACAUCAUCCUACUUCUCCUCCCUCCCACAUUAUUCCUCCCUCUCGUUCCAUCUUGGCUUAUCCCAUACGUCAUCCUCCCACUCGGUCUCCUUCCGCCUCUCGGCUUCCAUCCCAACUUAACCCCUUGGCUCCUCUCCCUCCCUCGACAUCCGUCAAUCCGCAAAACUAAAUCAGUGCUCGAAAAAUGGAUCCUCACCGACAAGCUCCCCGACAAAUACAGCGGCCACAAGAUCUCACAAGUAUAUGUAUGGGAAAACGAGAGACUCGAUCCGAAACUGGCUUCAUCCUCCUCAUCAUUUACCGGCCCGAUCCCAACGACGAGCUGGUCUGCUCGGUUCCUCCGACAAGGGGACCGACGAGCAUGGAUCAAGAUCUCUGAUGUGGCAGAGGGUGAGGAGUGUCUGUGGAAAAGCGUGGAUGACACAGGUCUGCCUAACGGGGAUGAUGAGAGUGAAGUCGAAGCAAAAGUGUUGGCGCUCAAAGAUGGGUGGGAGUGGUUACCAGAAGAUUGGAAAGUGGACGUCAAUGGUUUAUGGAGUGAGAAUGGUGUUGACGAGGAGGGCUGGCUAUACACUGAUGACUCUUGGCAAAAUCCUUCCCCAACACCUUACACGGAGCCUGACCUGCCAGCGAACUCUGCGUCUAUCCCAGGACAAUUGGUGCAAUCGGUGCAAACAGGGAAGGAGAAAGAUAUGCCCGGACUGGGUUUGAGGAGGGUCACCAGACGGAGGAGAUGGUGGAAGAGGGUUUAUAAAGUGGAUAGCUAAGUUGUAUAUUCUCAUGGACGAUUGCUUUGCUUUUAUGAUGUAUCUUGAUUUGCGUC